ACACCAUGUCCCAACUUGGCUUGGCCCAGGGUGUGGGAUGAGCACAAAGAAUUAUGAGCUUGUGGAGAGUGUUUCCUGAGUCAGCUGUGAUCCCUCUCUCUCUCAUCCCACCCCCCGGCAGUCUAGUUCCUUCUGACAGAUCUGUAGCAGCUGAGAGAGUGCUGUUUGGGUCUAACCGGGAAGUGGGGGUGGGUGCCAUCUGGAUCAUGUGACUUUGGCCACCCUACCCUCACCUUAGCUUGCAAGAGCACCAGGCGUCCUUAUCCAAUCAUGGCUGGAAUGCAGCUUGCCACUUGGGCUAUUUCUGCUGUCUGUCGCUAUCAGACUUCAACUCAAACACUUUGACACAUGGGAUAGUUUUUUUUUUUAUUUCCCCAUCUCUCCCGUUCUUUUCAGCUUUUACUUACGCGCUCUCUCUCUCUCUCUCCUUGAAGUUUGUGGGUUGAACUUUUAAGCUCCCUGGCAGUGCUUCACUGGUAGCUGUGAAAUGAAACGCAGCCUCUGUCUGUGAGUAAGGGAAAGAGAGAGAGAGGAAAGAGGGUGGAUGAGCAAGACAGAGAGAGGGAGAGCAAAAGGGGAUCAGACACACUAAACAGUGGGUGAGACAGAUCCAGCAAGAGCUGGACAGAGACAGAUCAAGGUAGACAGGAGAAUGUCUCACCGACUUCGGUUGUAUUUUGGAUCGGGUCGCAGUAACACUGCACCAGAGUUGGAGCAGCUGAAUGGGACAGUGGAGGACGGAGAUGAGAGUGGCUACAGUGGCACAGGGGCCACGAUGUUCCAUACACGGAUACAAAACGAAGGACUUUCUGAGAGCCCAGAAUUGGGUGCUUGUUCGGAUGCCUCUCUAAAGCGAAGCUCUUCCAUGUUCAUCCCCCAGCUCCAGGGUCAAACUGAACCACGGACGACCAAGAGCACCUCUGUCCAGAUAUCUCUCCAACGCACAACUGCACCUGAAGAGGAUGCAUUGCCCUUUGAUCCACCUCCAGGGUACCCUGAAGAGCCAGCUCCCCCAUACACUGAGCCUGGUGAAAGCUGGCUCUUACCUCCACCUCCAGCUUACCACAUAGGAGAAACCCCGUCCUGCCAAAAUGUGGAUCAAUGUCAACCAGGUACUGAGCCCAUCCAGCCUAAGAGGCAAGUCUUUUGCAUCCGACCAUGUGAUGGACAAAAUGGUAAUGCUAGUUUGGGUGUACCCAGUAAUCAAGGGAUUACCAUUGGAGGCUUUUGUAUUCAAAGAAGAUCCGCAGAUGGCUUGGAUGUCCAGAGGUUCAGGAUCAUGCCAUACAGCGAGAAUGGCCAGAAUGGCCACCGUUGGUCUGUCCAGCAAAGCUCAGACAGAGGUCCUGGAACACAAAGACUUGUAUUCCAACUUCAACAGGACCAAGGAUGGCACCCUUGCCCUACUUCUCAGGCUGAUGUGAGUGAUUUGGGCAUCACACAUAUUAAAGGCAACCCCUUGGUGCGGUACCCUCAGAUCCAACUUGAGAGGAGCACCUCACAGCCGAUGCAGCCCAGAGGAGCUCCUUCACGGCUUGGAUCUAUGCCAAAUCUUCAUGCCCCGAUCUCAGAAAUGAAGACCGAGAGUGAGAUUGUUGAGAGUGGUGCUCAAGGUUGCACAUUCAAAAUUAGGAAGGAGCAGAACUCCAGACAGCCCAAGUUUAAGAUCUAUUUCAGCCAUGGAGGUGAGCACAGCCCCAUCUUUGCACGGGAUAUUAGCUUUGGAAAGGUGCCUACCUGCAGCAAUCCACAGACCAGAGAUGACUUCCUCGGGCAGGUUGACGUGCCUCUUACCCAUUUACCGACAGAGGACCCUGCAAUGGAGCGGCCGUACACGUUUAAAGACUUUCUCCUGCGUCCAAGAAGUCAUAAGUCUCGGGUGAAAGGCUGCCUGAGGCUGAAGAUGGCCUACCUGCCAAAGGACGGAGGGCAUGAGGAGGAAAGCAGCGAGAUGAGGGAAGAAGCUGAGGGCUGGGAGGUGACAGACUCCACGGAUCCAGGUUCACAGAGACCUCAGCAGCUCCUGCCUCCACUGCCUCCUGCCUGGGAAGAGAAGGUCGAUAACCUGGGACGGACAUACUAUGUCAACCACAACAACCGCACCACACAGUGGAAGAGGCCCAGUAGUGUGGAUGUGGUUUCAGAAACGGAAAAUGAUAAUCACUUACGGCAUAUUAACCAGGAAGCCCACAGAGUUUUCCGCUCUCGACGGCAUAUUAGUGAAGACCUGGAAAAUGAGCAGCUGGACAUCAGGGAAAUAGACGACUCAUGGGAACCCAUAUCAGAGGAGGACCCAACUUUAAUGGCGGAUGGUCUAAACCAUUCUCUGACCGGACCCUCCUCUCUGGCGAUGCCCCUCUCCAGCACUCCAGAAUUCUCAGAUGAAAUCAGCCUUAGAUUGUCUCUCACUCCAGACGUGAAUGGAGAAAUCCCAGGACCCAGCUCUGCUGUGCAGAGUCAUCUUUCCUCUCGGCUGCGCUCCUCUAGUAUGACUGAUGGAGUCAGUGAUCAAGCUCAACCUCCCACACCGACGGGAGCCAAUAACGCCCAGAUACGGCGAGCAGUAAAGGACACGUUUUCCAACCCUCAGUCCCCGCAGCCCUCUCCCUACAGCUCACCCAAAUCCCAGCAUAAAGCAAACCAGAGCUUCCUGCUCCCUGGAUGGGAAAUGAGAAUAGCACCCAAUGGACGGCCGUUCUUCAUCGACCACAACAGCAGAACCACCACAUGGGAAGAUCCUCGCUUAAAGUAUCCCGUUCACAUGAGGACAAAAGCAUCCCUGGACCCUGGCGACCUCGGCCCACUUCCUCCUGGGUGGGAGGAACGAGUGCACGCAGACGGGAGAACCUUUUACAUCGACCAUAACACCAAAAAAACGCAGUGGGAAGACCCUCGCCUCCAGAGUCCCGCCAUAACUGGACCUGCGGUGCCGUAUUCCAGAGAAUUCAAGCAGAAGUAUGACUACUUCAGAAAGAAGUUAAAGAAACCGGCAGAUAUUCCGAACCGUUUUGAGAUGAAACUGCACAGGAAUAACAUCUUGGAGGAGUCGUACAGACGAAUCAUGUCCAUGAAGAGACCCGACAGUCUGAAGGCCCGACUGUGGAUCGAGUUUGAAUCGGAGAAAGGCCUCGACUAUGGUGGCGUGGCCAGAGAAUGGUUCUUCCUGCUCUCCAAGGAGAUGUUUAACCCUUAUUAUGGGCUGUUUGAGUACUCGGCCACAGAUAACUACACCCUUCAGAUCAAUCCAAACUCUGGCCUCUGUAAUGAGGAUCACCUCUCAUACUUCAAGUUCAUCGGUCGGGUGGCUGGCAUGGCUGUGUAUCACGGAAAGCUGUUAGACGGUUUCUUCAUCAGACCGUUCUAUAAAAUGAUGCUGGUGAAACAGAUCACACUGAAUGAUAUGGAGUCAGUGGACAGUGAAUACUACAACUCUCUCAAGUGGAUUCUGGAAAACGACCCCACAGAACUGGACUUGCGGUUCUGCAUUGAUGAGGACAACUUUGGACAGACAUAUCAGGUGGAUUUAAAGCCAAGCGGAUCAGACAUGGUUGUAACCAAUGACAACAAAAAAGAAUACAUAGAUCUGGUGAUUCAGUGGCGGUUUGUGAACCGGGUCCAGAAACAGAUGAACGCCUUUUUGGAGGGCUUCACCGAACUCAUUCCCAUUGACUUGAUAAAGAUUUUUGAUGAAAACGAACUGGAGCUGCUGAUGUGUGGUCUGGGUGACGUGGACGUCAAUGACUGGAGGCAGCACACCGUCUAUAAGAAUAGCUACUGUCCUAAUCACCCUGUGAUCCAGUGGUUCUGGAAGGCCGUGUUGUUAAUGGAUGCUGAAAAGCGGAUCAGACUUUUGCAGUUUGUCACUGGAACAUCCAGAGUGCCAAUGAAUGGCUUUGCUGAACUCUACGGUUCCAAUGGGCCCCAGUUGUUUACUAUCGAGCAGUGGGGGACACCUGACAAACUCCCUCGUGCUCAUACCUGGUAA